AUCUAGGUUGGAAGAACAGCGCAACGCACAGGACGUGGGACGAUGCGGAGGUUCCUCAACUCCGUGGAACACGUCUCUUUCGAAGGAUCCGCUUUACCGAUCACACUGUAAUUUUUUAUUUUAUUAUUGUGAUUUAAUUUAAUCGUCGAAACAGUUUAGUCUUUUUUUUUUUGUUGGAGUGAAUGACUACAGUCUCCUUCACUGUAGGCCCAUGGCGUAGCGUAAGAAGCGAACGGUAGAGGCACUUUGGGUGAAAGACGCUUUUUUUGCAGUCGUUCAACAGAUAAAUACAAUCUCCAGGUCAAAGUGUAUCUGGAAAUCUGUGCUUGCCUGGAUAAACCUCAACGAUGGCGGAUGCUGCAGCCGAAUGCGGCGUGAAAGUAAUGUGCCGAUUCAGGCCACUGAAUGAAUCUGAAAUAACAAGGGGAGACAAAUACAUCCCUAAAUUUAAAGACGACGACACUGUUGUUAUAACUGGCAAACCGUAUGUCUUUGACCGCGUUCUGCCUCCCAACACAGCCCAGGAGCAGGUCUAUGAUGCCUGCGCCAAACAGAUUGUCAAAGACGUCCUGGGUGGUUACAAUGGAACCAUCUUCGCCUAUGGACAGACCUCCUCUGGAAAGACCCACACGAUGGAGGGCAAACUCCAUGACCCUCAGCUGAUGGGGAUCAUCCCCCGGAUCGCUCACGACAUCUUCGAUCACAUCUACUCCAUGGACGAGAACCUGGAGUUUCACAUCAAGGUCUCUUAUUUUGAAAUCUACCUGGAUAAAAUAAGAGACUUACUUGAUGUGUCAAAGACCAACCUGGCUGUACACGAAGACAAGAACAGGGUGCCCUAUGUCAAGGGUUGUACGGAGCGCUUCGUGUCCAGUCCCGAGGAGGUCAUGGACGUCAUUGAUGAAGGGAAGACCAACCGGCACGUGGCUGUGACAAACAUGAAUGAGCACAGCUCAAGAAGCCACAGUAUUUUUCUGAUCAACAUCAAGCAGGAGAAUGUGGAAACAGAGAAGAAACUAUCGGGAAAGUUGUACCUGGUGGAUCUGGCUGGCAGUGAGAAGGUCAGUAAAACAGGUGCUGAAGGUGCCGUGUUGGACGAAGCAAAAAAUAUUAAUAAGUCUCUCUCAGCACUGGGGAAUGUCAUCUCUGCUCUGGCCGAGGGGACAAAAACACAUGUCCCGUACAGAGACAGCAAGAUGACCCGUAUCCUGCAGGACUCCCUGGGGGGUAACUGUCGCACCACCAUCAUCAUCUGUGCCUCCCCCUCCAUCUACAACGAGUGUGAGACCAAGUCCACCCUGAUGUUUGGACAGAGAGCGAAGACCAUCAAAAACACAGUGUCCGUUAACCUGGAGCUGACUGCCGAGGAGUGGAAAAAGAAGUACGAGAAGGAGAAGGAGAAGAACAAGAGUCUGAAGAAUGUCAUCCAGAGGCUGGAGAUGGAGCUGAAUCGCUGGAGGAAUGGCGAAAAUGUCCCCGAGGAGGAGCAGCUGAGCGCCAAAGAGCAAAAGCACCUUGAACCGUGCGACAACACACCCAUCAUAGAUAACCUAGCCCCAGCCAAUGGCCUGCCAUUGGUCUCCACGGCGGAGAAGAGCCAGUACGAAGAGGAUAUCAUCAACCUGUACAAACAGCUGGAUGACAAGGACGAUGAGAUCAACCAACAGAGUCAGUUGGUUGAGAAGCUGAAGGAGCAGAUGCUGGACCAGGAUGAGCUGCUGGCGUCGACGCGUAGGGACUACGAGAAGAUCCACGAGGAACUGUCUCGUCUGCAGACAGAGAACGAGGCGGCCAAGGAGGAGGUGAAGGAGGUGCUUCAAGCGUUGGAGGAGCUAGCGGUGAACUAUGACCAGAAGAGUCAACUGGUGGAGGAGAGGAGCCAGGCAAACGAACAGCUGCAGGAGGAGCUGCAGGACAAGACUAUGUAUUUGUUGGCGGUGCAGAGAGAAUUGACCCAGCUUCAGGAGCUGAGUGGACACCAGAAGAAGAGAGCUGCUGAGAUCCUCAAUCUGCUGCUCAGGGAUCUUAGUGAAAUAGGAGCCAUCAUUGGAACCAGUGAUAUCAAGACGAUGGCGGAGGGCAACGGGAAUGGUGGCGUGAUUGAGGAGGAGUUCACCAUGGCCCGUCUCUAUAUCAGCAAGUUGAAGUCAGAGGUGAAAUCUCUGGUGAACCGCUCCAAGCAGCUGGAUAGCGCCCAGGCCGAGACCUCUCGCAAGAUGGCCGCCAACGAGAAGGAACUGGCUUCAUGUCAACUGCUUAUCUCCCAGCACCAGGCCAAGAUCAAGUCCCUGACAGACUACAUGCAGAACAUGGAGCAGAAGAAGCGACAGCUGGAGGAGAGUCAGGACGUUCUCACCGAAGAACUGGCCAAGCUACACGCACAGGAGAGAAUGCAUGAGGUGUCGGUGGUGGACACGGAGAAGGAGCACAUGAGCCGACUGCAAGGAGAAGAGGAGAUUAAGAAGACCCUUGAGGAGCAGAUGGAGAGUCACAGAGAGGCCCAUCAGCGGCAGCUGGGCCGGCUGAGGGAUGAGAUGGAGGACAAACAGAGAGUUCUAGACCAACUCACCGAUCUAAACCAGGGCCUGAUGUUGGAGCAGGAGAGGCUGAGGUCGGACUAUGAGAAGCUCAAGGUGGAGGAGCAGGAGAAGGACACGAGGCUUCAGAAGCUGGUCUUCCUCAAUGAGCAGAGAGAACAGGCCAGACAAGACCUCAAAGGACUGGAGGAGACUGUUGCCAAAGAGCUGCAGACUCUUCAUAACCUGCGCAAACUCUUUGUUCAAGACCUCACAACACGUGUGAAGAAGAGUGCAGAGCUGGACUGUGAGGACGGAGUGGGCAGCGCUGCCCAGAAACAGAAGAUAUCCUUCCUGGAGAAUAACCUGGAGCAACUCACCAAAGUCCACAAGCAGCUUGUGCGUGACAACGCAGACCUGCGCUGCGAGCUUCCCAAGCUAGAGAAGCGUCUCCGGGCCACAGCAGAGCGGGUCAAGGCCCUGGAGAAUGCCCUGAAGGAGGCCAAGGAGAACGCAAUGAGGGACAGGAAACGCUACCAGCUGGAGGUGGACCGCAUCAAAGAGGCUGUCAGGGCCAAGAACAUGGCCAGGAAAGGACACUCGGCUCAGAUUGCUAAGCCCAUCCGGCCAGGACAGCAUCCCCUGUCUUCACCCACAGUCAUCCGAGGAGGAAGCAUGUACAGCCACAGCUACAACCACAAGUAGAACGCUGAAUAUACUGAAUGUACUGAGUGUACCGAAUGUAGCCCCUGAAGUGCAUGUAUGGUAAUGAUACAGACUCACCACCUCCUGGUAAGACCACUCCACGCUCUCCUUUCAUUAGGUCUAGGAAUAGUACCACCCUGACCCCUGACCUUGUCCGUUCACUAGGUUUAGGAUUAAGACCACACUGACCCCUGACCUUGUCCAUUCACUAGGUCUAAGAAUAGUACCACUCUGACCCCUGACCUUGUCCAUUCACUAGGUCUAGGAAUAGUACCACUCUGACCCCUGACCUUGUCCAUUCACUAGGUCUAAGAAUAGUACAACUCUGACCCCUGACCUUGUCCAUUCACUAGGUCUAGGAAUAGUACCACUCUGACCCCUGACCUUGUCCAUUCACUAGGUCUAGGAUUAAGUGCAUUCUAUCAUCUUCUAUUUAUGCUAUUCUCUUAAUUUUUUUCAUAUCCCCAUCAUAAAUAUCUUUCACAUUCUCUUUGUCUACUGCACAUUGUACAUUUACAUAUAUAUAUUGCAUUGUAAUUUUACUGCCUUUUACAUUGACAAGGUAUUUUGUGCUUUGAGAGUGAUUUGAUAUCCAGGCUAAAUACAGAAGUUAGUUUUGGAGAGGACAGUGUGUUGUGGUAGAUGGUCAGAUGUAUAUUACGGAGAGUGAUAUGCUGUCCCUGAGAAACGUGUUGUAUGUAUAGUAUAAGACGAAGUAAUGUAAACAGGAUCUUUACUCCUUGUUAUGAAAUCCUUUGCUUUAGCAGUUGCAGAUGAGGACAUAAUGAUAGGUUCUCCAAAAGCAGUAUGAAAUGCAGUAUGAAACCACCUGCACUGUGUUCUGCAGUAUAUUCAUUUAUUUCAGUUAUUAUUUGCACAUUAUAUUUGGUAAUCAUAAUGGUAAUUGUUUACCGAUGCUUUUAAGACACUUUAUGCUCAAAAUCAGCCAAUUGUAAAUUAAUUCUUUAAUUUUCUCUUUUCUAAGUCAUGCAAUUAAUUAUGUAAUUACCAUUGCACACAACUUUAUGGUGUGUAGACCAAAAAAGCUAGUUGUGAAGUUGAUUUAGAUUAACCGAAUGGACAACCAGUAGGGGGCAGUGUUCAGCUGUGGAGUCUAGUGCACUGUGCAUAUUGCUACUGCAGUGAUGCUGAUCAGCCAAUCAGAAAGUUCACACGUAGUCUAAGGAUACAGUGCAAUAUUCUCUAUUGUCUAAACACUAAUAGAAAAGCUUAUGACCAAACUUGCCUCUCACCACUUGCUAGGGCAUCUUUUGUAAUCAAACAAAAGUCUUUACAAAUGUAUUUGUAAGUGAUUCCCCUAACAGAAAAACUACAAAGCAAGCUAAUGUCGACAUAAUGGUGACUCUGCUAACUCUGACUGAGGGUACCUUUCCUAAAGCAGGUUUAUUUGUAUUUCUGUUAUGCUUUUCAUGGUGUCUUCUAAAAACAUGAUUUGAUAUAUUUACGUCAUGUUUUAAAACGUGUGAUCCAUUUGUAAAUGUAUACAUUAUUGCAGCUUUCACAGCUACAGACAUACGCUUAUUGUAAAGUGAUAUAUUAUAAGAGCAACACCAUGGGACAGUUGUUCUUUUGAACUCUGCCGUUAAACUUGUGGAUGGCUCGGGAAUGAAAGAAUGACUGAAUGUAAAUGAUCGAUUGAUUAAUAGAAAUAAAGAGUAUGGUACGGCAAUUGUAUCUGCAUGGGUGUAUUAUUACUUUAGUGUUAAAAGCAAAGCAAAUAAAGAUAUUUACCUUAAA